GGGGCGCCUGGCGAACUUGCGUCAGAGGUGAACGGACCAGUGCGAAGUCCGUCCGGCGGCAGGGCUGUAUCCAGACGCCUGCUGGUGCUGCUCCGGGAACAACUGAAGGGCGGAAUGCUGCGGGUGCUGCUGCUGGCGCUGGCGGUGCUGUCUGCGGACGGCUUCAGCACCGCCGAUGUGCCCACUCCGAGGUUCACAUUCCAGCCGGGAGCUAUCCACGUCACCAUUCCCAGUUCGCCGGGCAUGAGUCUGGCUGCCAUCCACCUGACAGUGGGUGAGCCCGUGCACGGCACCAGGCCCGGAAAAUACAACAAGGAUCUGGCCAGGGACGGCGACGUCUUCCGCGGAACGGUGCACUUCCAAUGGCAGACGGGUGACGUCAUCUACUACUGGGUCUACGUUGUUGUGGACGGCCUGGGGUAUCAGCGCCUGGAGCAGUCUCACACAAUUCGCGCCGGCGGUGCGGGCACCACCAGAGCACCGAGCCGAGGCCCGUUCCAGGUCCCCACUCCCUCGUUUCACUUCACUCCCUUCACCAUCACUGUUGCGGUACCAGCGCUGCCGGGCGUCUCGCUGGCGGCCAUCCACAUGAACCUGGAUGAGCCUCUUCGCGGCACGAACGCCGGCAAAUAUAAUAAGGACAUGGAUAAGUCCGGUGACGUGUUCGUCACCAUGAUCCACGCGCCGUGGGAGCAGGCUAGCACCAUCUACUACUGGGUGUACGUCAUCUUUAACGGCCUCGGGCAUCACAAGUUGGAGCAGCGGUUUGACAUUAGCCCAGGUAUGUCCGUGCCACCGACGAGGCCACCUGGCGGAACCACUAGACCGCCGUCCAGCCUGCUACCGAGCGAGUGUGGAAUUCGCUUCCUGGACUCUUUCCUGGCGCCUGCUAUGUUUGGGGACCUUCGGGUGGCCAAUGCAUCUGAGGUUAAUCACGGUGAUUACCCCUGGCAGGCACAGAUACAGAAGCUGAGUGGGCCGAGAUACGCUCACCACUGUGGAGGCAUCAUCAUAUCGGACCGCCACAUCCUCACGGCAGCACACUGCAUGACGCUUCCUGUCAGCCAGCUUCAGGUGGUGGUGGGCCAGCAUGACAUCAGGACUACUAACGAUGUCGGGCAACAAACAUUCAGCAUCAAGUCUCUGGCACGGCACGCAGACUAUGCUUCAGACCCGCUGCGUGGUCACGUGAACGACAUCGCAGUAAUUCUGCUGAAUACGGAGCGCAGAGGAAGAGGCAUCCAGUUUGAUGCCGGUGAUGCCCGUUAUGCCUACGUGAGCCCGAUGUGCCUGCCAUCUGGCGAGGACACGCUGGACGAGCACACCGACUGCCUCGUGUCUGGGUGGGGCCAGACCAACGGCGAUCCGUCGCCUCCGGUGCUGCACGGCGGCAGUCUGACCUACAUCUCGCCGAGCUACUGCCGCUCUGAAGAGGUGUGGGGCGAUCAGUUCGACGACAAUGUCCACCUCUGCGCCGGCAACGUUGAUGGCGGUGUGGACGCGUGCGGCGGCGACUCGGGCGGCCCGCUGGCCUGCCGCAACGGCCACGGCCCCUGGAUCGCCACCGGCAUUGUGUCCUGGGGCUCAGACCAGUGCGGCCAGCCUCGCUACGUUGGCGUCUACACGCGCGUUUCCUCCUUCGUCGACUGGAUCGUCAACACCAUCGAGAAUGUUCUGCCCAACAUCUCAUAAGCCGCGGCGGACAUGGACGCCUUGUACAAAAGGCUCUGCGCAUCAGUGGCACCGGCAAUGCGUAGAAGCUUUUCCUACACUGACUUUUUAUGCAGGGUUUCUGCACAGGGGUGCCAGCCCGUGUGCAGGGGUAGUAGCCGAGCCUGCACAAAGGUCUCGACCUGAUCGAUAAAGUCGGCGACAAAAAGCAUAAUUUUGACGCGACGCUUGGCGGCAAUACAAGCUUGGUGGCCUCAUUGCCGUUUUCUGUCAUAUGACGUUGUGUUACCCUGCUGGCAACAAUUUUGUCAGCAGGAAUUCGAACGGCGACAAAAAAUGCACUUGCCAUCCCAGUUUCUGCAUGCUGAACGUGCAAUAGGAGCUCAUGAUGCGUGUGAUGUGUAUGAUGUGCAUGUACACUGCGGGGGGUUGUGAACAUUACCCCCAUCAACCAUUGGAUCCCACCCUUUGGCCGCUAUGUGAUGUCUGCCGGGGGGCUUACGCGCGGCUUAAAAAUGGUACGGGCGGAAAAGCCGUAGUGCAAUUGUGAUACCAAGCAAAUUCAGCGUUGUCGUACGCGCCCUUAAGACGAGAUGUCAUAUUCAGAAAAGAAUCGGGCUUAUACGGCAUGUAUGAAAUGUAAUUAUCACUGUUUUGUAGCUGCUGCCAGGGGAGCAAGGCUAUAAUUAUUCCGUUGAAUAAAGGAUAGCAUGCCUCUUUGGA